AUGUCUGAAUAGCAUUUGCAAGAGAAUAAAUUUACUUAUGUAAAUAUAAUGUUGUUUAAUUUGUGUAGAGUUCAAAUCUUGUGAUAUAAAGAGAAUCUGGUCCAAGGACAGAUGAGCCAACAGGUGAGCCAGAAUCAUUAGUUGGAAAGAUUAACCCUAGAAUGAUGGGUACAAAAGCUUUAAAGGAUAAACCAGUGAAAGGCAAGAAAGAGUAAAGUUUAAAUUUGGGAAAACAGGUUAAUAUGGAAAUAGAAGAAGGUGUUGGGAUGCCUACAUAUGAAAAUCUAUUGUAUAUUCCAAAAACAAAGGACAAUAGAUUACACUAUGAAAAAUUAUUGGCUAUAGUGUAUGGACUAUUUUAAGAGUAAUCAUAAGAUGUGAUAAAAUCUAUUGUGGAUGAAGUAUUGGCAAUAAUGAAAAAUGAUAAUUUGAAAGAUUCAGAGAAAAGAUAGGAAGUAGAAGCAAUAAUUGGAAAGUUGACAAAUGAAUUAUUUUCAGAUAUUGUAUUAUCAAGUAAAGGAAUUACAGAUUACAAUCCUGAAAUUACUCAAGGAAAUACUGAUGAGAUGUAAUUACCAUUGAAUUUGGAAGAAGAAUAAGAUUCUAGUGAUAUGGAGGAAAUUAUAGAAGAAGAAGAUGAUUAAUAAGAAUAUAAUGAAUAGACUAUUAAAACAAAAGUUUAGGUUGAGGAAACAAGAAAUAAACUAGUUGAUAUAGAUGGAUUUUGGUUAUAGCGGGAAUUACAGAAAAUAUAUUAAGAUCCUGUAGUAGCAUAACAAAUGGAGUAAACAGUCUUGGACAUUUUAAAAUUGUAAACUGAUAUUGAAUGUGAAAAUCAAUUGGUUGCAUUAUUUGGUUAGGAUCGCUUUGAUCUAAUUAGAUUAUUGCAUGCAAAUAGACACAAAAUAUUUUAUUGUACUCUUUUAAGUAAGGCACAGAGUACUGAAUAAAUUGAAUAAAUCCAUUCAUAAAUGAGAUAAACAUAAGAAGGUUUGUAAAUAUUGAUGGAAUUGUAGAAAAAAAAAAAAAAUGAUGCCUAAUUUUAAAUUAUAUAAGAAGAAAAUGAAAAACAAUAUUAUGAAUCCACAAAUAUUACUGAUUAAGAUCUUUAAGGUCUUUCUAAAAAAAUAGUAGAUCUAGAAUAACUCUAGUUUGUAUCUUAAGGACAUUUUAUGUCAAAUGAAAAAUGCCAUUUGCCUCCUCAUUCAUUUAAAGUAACAAAGAAAGGAUAUGAAGAAAUAUACAUUCCGGCACCUAAACCUAAUGUUCAUAAGGACAAUUUAGUUUAAAUAUCUGAGUUACCUGAAUUCGCAUAACCAGCAUUCAGAGGUUUUAAAGAAUUAAAUACUAUUUAGAGUGUUGUUUAUUAAAAAGCACUAUUAAGUGAUGAGAAUAUGUUAAUCUGUGCUCCUACAGGUGCAGGUAAAACAAAUAUUGCUUUAUUAACUAUGUUAUAAACUAUAGGUGAAUAUUAUCAAAAUGGAAUAGUAGAUUUAUAAAAAUUUAAGAUAAUAUACAUAGCACCUAUGAAAGCAUUAGUAAAUGAAAUGGUACAUAAUUUUCAAAAUAGAUUAGAACCAUAUAAUAUAAAAGUUGCUGAGGUGACUGGUGAUACUCAUUUAACUAAACAUUAAUUGAAUACAAUAUAAGUGUUGAUAGCAACACCAGAGAAAUGGGAUAUUUUGACAAGAAAGAUUUAAUAAAAUGAUUUUAUUUAAUUAGUAAGAUUAGUAAUAAUUGAUGAAAUACAUUUAUUACAUGAUAGCAGAGGUCCAGUGAUAGAAUCAAUAAUAGCAAGACAAUUAAAAUUGAUGGAGGAGAGACAAGAAGUAAUAAGAAUAGUAGGAUUAUCAGCAACUUUACCGAAUUAUGGUGAUGUAGCAACAUUUAUUAGGGUGAAAUAGAGUGGAGUGUUCUUUUUUGAUAAUUCUUAUAGACCAGUUCCAUUGUAAUAGUAAUAUAUAGGUAUAAAUGAAAAGAAACCAAUAAGAAGAAUGUUAUUGACAAAUGAGAUAUUGUAUGAGAAAGUGAUAGAGAGAAUAACAAAGUCUUAGAUUUUAGUAUUUGUUCAUUCAAGAAAAGAGACAGUGAAAACAGCAAAGACAUUAAAGGAGAUGGCAUUUUCAAAAGAUGAAUUAUCUAAAUUUAUAAGAGAGGAGAGUUCAUCAAAGAAGAUUUUGGAGACAGUUAUUGCUUAAGAAGAUAUAAAAUCAGUAGAUUUAAAAGAGCUAUUAGGAAGUGGAAUAGCAAUUCAUCAUGCUGGAUUAUGUAGAGGAGAUAGAGAUUUAGUAGAGAGUCUAUUUGAAAAGAAGAAUAUAUAGAUUUUGAUAUCAACAUCUACAUUAGCUUGGGGAGUUAAUCUUCCUGCUCAUACUGUUAUUAUAAAGGGAACUCAAAUAUAUUCACCAGAAUAAGGUAAAUGGAUAGAAUUGAGUCCUUAAGAUAUUUUAUAAAUGAUGGGAAGGGCUGGUAGACCUAGAUAUGAUACUUCUGGAGAGGGAAUAAUCUUAACAACCUAUUAGGAAUUAAAAUAUUAUUUAUCUUUGUUAAAUAUUCAAUUACCAAUAGAAUCUUAAUUUGUAUCUUAAUUAGCAGAUUAAUUGAAUGCUGAAGUAGCAUAAGGAAAUAUUAAGAAUUUAAAAGAUGGAGUUAAUUGGUUAGGUUAUACAUAUUUAUAUGUGAGAAUGUUAAGAAAUCCAUAGUUGUAUAAUAUUACAGAUUAUACCAAUGAUUAAGCUUUGAUCAAAUAUAGAGCAGAUCUGAUUCAUUCAGCAUGCUUAUUAUUAGAUAAGAAUAGUUUAGCUAUUUAUGAUAAAAAGACUGGAAAUAUAGAAAGUACAAUUUUGGGUAAGAUUGCUAGUAAUUAUUAUAUUAAAUAUCCAAGUAUGUAAGUAUAUAAUCAACAUUUGAAAUAAAAUAUGGGAAUGAUUGAUAUUUUGAAAGUAUUUUCAUUAUCACAUGAAUUCAAAUUAAUACCAAUUAGAGAAGAGGAAAAGAUUGAAUUAUAGAAAUUAAUGAUGAGUGUACCAGUUCCUAUUAAGGGAUCACCUGAAGAUUCAACAACAAAGAUUAAUGUUUUAUUAUAGGCAUAUAUAAGCAGAUUAAAAUUAGAGGGAUAUGCUUUAAAUUCAGAUAUGGUUUAUAUUACAUAAAGUGCAGGUAGAAUUAUGAGAGCAUUAUAUGAAAUAUGCUUAUAGAAAGAAUGGGCUUAGAGUGCAUUAUAAUGUUUAUAAUUAUCAAAGAUGAUUGAGAAAAGAAUGUGGAGUUGUAUGACUCCACUUAGAUAAUUUAAAGGAUUACCUGAUGAUUUAUUAAGAAGAAUUGAGAAGAAAGAAGGUAUAACUUGGGAACAUUUAUAUGCAAUGUCAUCAUAAUAAUUGGGAGAAUUAAUUAGAUAUUAAAAUUAGAACAUGACUAAAUUGAUUCAUAAAUAUAUUCAUAAAUUCCCAAAGAUAGAAAUCUAAGCAUUUGCAUAACCAAUAACUAGAUCAUGUUUAAGAAUAGAUCUUCAUUUAAGUUGUGAUUUUUAAUGGGAUGAAAAAAUCCAUGGAAGAUAGGAACCAUUUCAUAUAUUUGUCUUAGAUUCAGAUGGUGAAAAGAUAUUGUAUCAUGAAAUGUUUUUAAUGAAAUAAAAAAAUUAAGAAAUGGAAUUUACUUUAACUGUUGCAUUAUUUGAAGUAAUGCAUCCAAUUUACUAUAUAAAAGUUAUAUCAGAUAAAUGGAUAUCCUGUGAAAGUGAAUAACCUAUUCCCUUUAAGAAUCUUAUAUUACCAGAACCUUUUAAUAGAUGUACUGAUCUAUUAUAAUUAACUUUAUUAUCUAUUGAUUAAAUUAAACAUUAAUAGAUUGAAAAUAUCUUAGCCAAAAAAAUAUUAUAGAAUAGAUAUUUUGAUUAAAUUCAAACUUAAGUGUUUCAAUAUAUUUAUCAAUAGAAUGAUAAUAUAUUUAUAGGAUCAUCAACAUAUUAAUCUAAGAGCAUUCUACCUCUAUUAUCAAUUCUUUAAAUGAUCAAUAUUUAUAAAGGAUAUAAGGCAAUUUAUGUUUCGUCAGUUUAAACUAAUUGUGAUAUUAAAUACAAUCAAUUUCUAUAAGUCUUUAAUAAAACAAUGUCUCUUAAAAUAGGAAAGUUGACUGGAUAAACUUAAAGUGAUAAUAAAAUCUUAGCAGAAUGUGAUAUUAUAGUAUCGAAUGCCAUCAAUUGGGAUAUCAUGAGUAGAAGAUGGAGAGCUAAAAAAGGAUUUAAAGAUAUUAGAGUAUUUAUUGCAGAUGAUCUACAUACUCUAGGAUAAUCUGGUAGUGUUUUAGAAGUAAUUGUAUCAAGAAUGAGAAUGGUCUCUAUGGAAAUUCCAUUUAGAAUAGUUGGUCUAUCUCUAUCUGUUGCUGAUUAUAAAGAAAUGAGUGAAUGGAUUGGAAGUAAACACACUUUUAAUUUUUAACCCAUUGUUAGACCUAACAAUAUUCAAAUUUAAAUUUAAUCAUUUGAUCAUUGUCAAAGACCCUUAAGAAUUUAAGCUAUGAUUAAAUCAUUAAAAACUAAUAUCUCAAAUACAGAACUUAACAUUAUUUAUGUUUCUGAUCGUAAACUAGCUAGAGUAUGUGCAUUAGAACUAAUGAUCAAUAAUAAUAACACCUUGACUGGAUUCUCCAUUAAAGAAGAUUAAUAUCUUUAACAUACACUUUAAGCAUCAGUAGGAUUCCUUUAUGAAUGUAUGGAUCCUUAAGAUGAAAGUGAAGUUCUUAGAUUUAUUGCAUCAGGAUAAUUAAAAGUUGUUGUUAUUACCUAUAAAUUAGCAUUAUAUUAUAAUCUAAAAGGUAAGGUCUUCAUUUUAGACAACUAAAAAUAUGAUGGAAUUGACAAAAGAUAUGUUGAUUAUACUAUUGCAGAAAUGUUAGAAAUGAUUGAAAGUACAACAUCAUAAUGUCUUGUAUUCACAUAUAGUCCAAAGAAGGAAUACUAUAAGAAAUUCUUAUAUGAACCAAUGCCCAUAGAAUCUCAUCUUAAUCAUAAUUUAGCUAAUCAUUUGAAUGCUGAAAUAGUUGCCAAAAAUAUUCACAACACUUAAGAUUGUAUUGAUUGGAUCACUUGGACAUUUAUGUACAGAAGACUUACAUAAAAUCCAAAUUAUUACAGUCUACAUGAAAUUAAUGGAGUAGCCAUAAAUAAUUAUUUAAGUGAAUUAAUAGAAACUACAAUUGAUGAAUUACAUGAAAGCAAAUGCAUAGCAGUUGAAGAAGACAAUGAAUUAGAAGCCAUUAAUUCUGGUAUUAUUGCCAAUUAUUAUUACAUCAAUAUUGAAACUGUCAAGAAUUUCUCAGAUAAAAUUAAUGCGACUAGUAAACUUAGAGACUUACUAUUUUUCUUAUCUGAAGCCAAAGAAUUUGAAGUCUUAAAUAUCAGAAAUGGAGAAGAAAUCUUAUUAGCUUAAUUACUCUAGAAAAUACCCUUCUAACCUACAAAUGUUAAAUUAAAUGAACCUAAUACUAAAGCUUUAAUUUUGUUAUAAGCACAUUUCAGUAGAAUUAAAUUAAACUCUGAUUUAAAGUCAGAUCUAAGUAUUUUAGAAUUGGCAAUUAGAUUAAGUACUGCAAUGGUUGAUAUUGCUUCUUCAAAUCUUUGGUUAAAGCCUGCCAUAUUAUCUAUGCAGAUCUGUCAAAUGAUCGUUUAAAGUCUUUGGAAAGAUGAAGAUAGUGUUUUAUUAUAAUUACCUCAUUUCAACAAAAACACCAUAGAAUAAUUGAAAUCAAUGAAUGUAUCUGAUUGGGCUGACUUUUUUGAUAUGGAUGAAUCUGAUCGAACUCAAGUAUUAGGCCAAUUUACAUAACAAUAAAUUGAUGAUAUUGCUUAAGCUGGCAAUAGGUAAUUUUGUUGAUUUAUUUUAGACUUCCAUCAGUUGAAAUAUCAGACAUUAUAGCUGAAGAAGAAAUAGUUUAAGGAGAUAUCUUCCAUGUUUAAGUUGUCUUAAGCAGACAAGAUAACAUUUAUACAGAUUAUGUUAUUGCUCCUCACUAUCCUAAAUAGAAGGAAGAAUAAUGGUGGGUUUUAUGUGCUGAUAGAAAUACUAAUCGGUUAUUUGGAAACAAGAAGGUCUCAUUUUAAGAAAGCAUCAAAGUUGAUCUCAGAUUCUAAGCACCUGAAGCUGGAGAGUAUGAUCUUACCAUUUAUGCCAUUUGUGAUUCCUACAUUGGUGUUGAUACAACCUCUUAAUUCUAAUUAAAAGUUAAUCCUAUUAUCGAAUAAGAGUAAGAACAAUGAUAUAAUACAUUAUAUAUAAUUAUUCAUAAUUAAAUU